AUGGCCAAAGACAAGUGGCCACACCUCUUGGUGCAUCCUGGCAGUGAGAAGUUCUUGGAUUCCAAAGGUGAGCCUCAACGCUUCGCAAAGACCGUGGGCUCUAAGGAGGACAGGCUCCGACGACCCGUAGAGCAUCGAGUGGAAGAGGUGCAUCCUGGGCACAUGGCUGCGUUCGAAGUGCCCAUCGGCGCAGAAGAGGAGAAGCGACGCCUGGCGGGCUUUUUUACCACUGGUACAGCCGCAGGCGUUGGCUGCUUUGAGGUGGCGGACUCGGCCACUACCACCUACACCGUCUCCAGCGCAACAGCCUGCAACAGCAAUGCCUGUCCGGACUGUUUCAUCACGCCGGCCACGGUGAGCCAGGAUAUGACCAUCACCAUUGCGGCCUGCAGCACGGCCCAGUGGAUCCGCUCGACGACCCGCACGGGCGCUUGGGAGUACAAGUUCAUCAACACUCACGCAACGUACACCAUGAGCAUCACGGACAACAGUGGAUCCGGGAUCACCUACAAGGUGCCCCCUCAAAGCCACGUGACCGGCUGGUGUACCGCCAGUCUGGGAACGAAUGAUAGGCUGUAUUUCCCUAGCACCACCUUGCCAACGCUCUCGGUGGAUAGCGGCUUGACCUUGUCGGCUGGCGCCUUUGAUGCCAGCGCCAGCUCAGGUGCUUUCAGCACGAGUUCGGGCACGAACACUUUGAACGGCAACACCGUCAUCAACGGUGCCGGCACCUUCAGCACGGGCACCGGCAACGUUGGCCUCAACGGCAACGUCCUCAUCGCCGACUCGAUGACCUUCACCGUAGGCUCCGCGGGCAGCGGCGGCGCGGCCGCCUUCUACGGCACCGUGGCGAUCGGCGCCUCAGGUGUGGCGGGUCAGGGGCGCACCCUCACGUUGACGGGCGACUUGACCCAGCAGGACCCGACCAGUAGUACGGCUGCGUUCACCACGGGGAGUGGUGCUGUGGGGAUCAAUGGAGACGUGACCAUCGCAGCCAACAAGCACCUGACGAUGACGAACACGGGCACGGGUGCCUUUACCACAGGCACUGGCGCGAUCACCCUCAACGGCGCCACCACGAUCACGGGCAGCAACACCUUCACCACGGGCUUGGGCAAUGUGGAACUCAAGGGUGCCACCACCGUGGCGGACUCGACCGCCUUCACGGUGGGUUCGGCCGGCGCGGGUGGCACCACCACCCUCUAUGGAGCGGUGGUCGUUGGUGACUCGACAGGCGCCGCAGCUGUGACGGUGAACGGCAAUAUCGCGCAGGCCGACGUGGGUGCGACCCAGACGACCUUCACCACGGGGACCGGCGCCGUCAGCCUGAAUGGCGAUGUGGCUGUGGCUAGUGGGAAGAACCUGCACAUGGCUUCCGGUGGCGCGGGAACCUUCCAGACGGGCACGGGGACCGCGACCAUCUACGGCAACCUCCAAAUAUCGGGGAGCAAGACCUUCACCACGGGCACGGGCGCGGUGUCGCUGCAGGGCACCACCAACGUGGCCGACGGUGUGGCCUUCUCGGUGGGAUCCAACAACAAUGGCGGCCUCGCGCAGUUUUUCGGCCAAGUCAUCAUCGGUUCAGGCACUGCGAACGGUGCUUCCACGCAGCUGGAUUUGUACGGCGACUUUGUGGGGCACGAUGACUUGGAUGGCACCGCCAAAACGUUCGCCACGGCGACGGGGACCUCCACUUUCAAUGGUGAUGUGGCCAUUGCCUUCAACAAGGAUCUGACCAUGAGCAAUACUGGCACUGGCACCUUCACCACCGGCACGGGUGCCAUCGCCCUGAACGGCGACGUGACCAUUGCCGCGGGCAAGACCUUGACAGUGACCGACUACACCAACGUGACUGGGCGCAGAGCUUUUGGCUUCGCGCGCACACGAUGCCAUCCAGUGCAACCUCGCCUCCACCGCGCCGGGCGACACGUUCUGCAAGGCAUCGCGGUGAGGCAGCGGGUCCGGACGCCGGCAGCUUCCGCCCUGGGCGGGCAGCGGAAGCGGGGAAGUGGUGGGAUGUCCAAGCAUCAGUGCGUCAUAGUCACGUACCCAGCCACCAGUUCCAAAGCGAAGGAUGUUUGGAUACUUCUGGCAUCGACGCCCUGGGGUCCAGAAGGUGAAAGACCCCCAGACUGGCAGAUGCCGGGCAUCUCGGCGUCUCAGGUGACGAUGAAGAGCCUCCCCAGCUCCAGCUCCGUCAACAAGAUCGCAGGCGCCGAGGAACGGCUUCUGAAGCUCAUCCGGAGCCACCCCGCCUGUGUCUUGGCCUUGCGCCUGGAUGUCACCAUGCGCAUCUCCGACGAGGAAAUCAUGAGCGCCCUGGCGAAGUCGGCGGAUAGUCUCGACAUCGAAUUUCGAGAAAGGAUGGUGCCGGAAGACAUGAUCGAAGAGAUCUUGGAUUUGCGCGCACGGGCCCGUGCUGAAGAGGCGAAGAUGUCUCAGAUUCGACGCCACAACGUGUGGAUCGUCCUCAUGCGGCUGCCGCUCUGUGCCUCAGUGGUCUUGGUCUUCACCUCCUUCGUGAUGUGGCUGACGAGCUUCGAGUACAUCCGUGGGCUGUGUGCCCUCUAUGAGUUUGCCAAUGCCACCUGUAACCAAGAGAAUACGUGUCUCUUCCGCGUGGCGGUGCAGGUGCCAGGUGAAGUGUUUGCGAUCUUUCAUCCGGCUUGGAAGCCACCGGCCGAGGAAGCCUGGGGUGAAGCGCUCUUUUCUGAGACAGGACCAUUCAAAUGUUGCAACACUCCAGCCUUCUGGUCUUAUGGCCUCUCUCGGCCUACCGUGGGUGCUGGAAGUCCUUGCUGUGACUUCUUCGAUGAUCCUUGGUCCCUCUUCUGUGACAACUUUGGAGAUUCAGAUCGGCAGCCAAAGACGCUGCCAGAGUGUCCAGCUUCGCCAUGGGCCUGCGGAGUGAAGACGGAGAUCGUCGACCGCGAGCUGCAGGUCAAGGAGCUCAAGCCUUGGAGCGAAUUGCCGAGCUUCGAAGUCUUUUUGGCCGCGUUGGUGUGCGUCGCCGUGGCGGGGCUCAUACGUAUCAUGCCUAUGCUAUUGGACCAGCUGGCGAGGUGCUUGGACCGUUGCUGUGCCCGGCUGCCCUCUGCUGCAGCGAGCUCGGUGGGAAACGAGCCGGAGCGGGCCGAGGGCGGAUCCGAUGCAUCAGGCUCGCGCGCGCCGCCGCCUCCGGCGCUCGGCGCGCGCCUGGCACGCGCGGCUGCGGCGCGGGGAGAAGCCGCCGAGGGGGUCCAUGCACGGGGCACCCGGCAGCGGCGCGCGGCGACCGCGCCCGCGGGGAAGGGCUGA